GAGUCCUGCUCGCCGGGCAGCGACGCGCAGGAGUCCGGGCGCUCCGCCUUCGAGCCGGCCGCCGGCGGCCAGGAGAAGCUGGACUUCAACAGGAACCUCAAAGAGGGUAAGAAAAGCCCCUGGAGGGGGCGGCGGCUGGGCCGGAGCGCCGCCGAGGCCAAGGAAGUGAAAGGAACCCAGGAGAGCCUGGCAGAGAAAGAGCUGCAGCUCCUCGUCAUGAUCAACCAGCUGUCCACGCUGCGGGACCAGCUCCUGACGGCCCACUCGGAGCAGAAGAACAUGGCAGCGAUGCUCUUCGAGAAGCAGCAGCAGCAGAUGGAGCUGGCACGGCAGCAGCAGGAGCAGAUCGCCAAGCAGCAGCAGCAGCUCAUCCAGCAGCAGCACAAAAUCAACCUGCUGCAGCAGCAGAUCCAGCAGGUCAACAUGCCCUAUGUCAUGAUCCCUGCCUUCACCCCCAGCCACCAGCCCCUUCCCGUGACUCCGGACUCCCAGUUAGCUCUGCCCAUCCAGCCCAUCCCCGCCUCCGGUUCGCCCAGCUUGAAGAUGAGCGGCUGCCAGGCCCUCCCUCCCAGCCACGGGGCCACCAGGGAGAUGCAGGCGAGCCCGUCCAACCUGCCCUUGGGGUUCCUGGGCGAAGGCGACGCGAUCACCAAAGCAAUCCAGGACGCACGGCAGCUGCUGCAUGGCCACAGCGCAGCCAUGGAGGGGAGCCUGAGCAACCCCUACCGAAAGGACCAUGUUGGGAUCGAUUCUUCCCCAGGAAAGGAGCGGAUGGAGGAGACCCCUGCCCAUAGGCUGGACGAGGCCCUGUUGACCUGCGAGAUGGAUGGCUCGCGGCACUUCCCCGAGUCCAGAAACAACAACCACAUAAAGCGGCCCAUGAACGCCUUCAUGGUGUGGGCGAAGGACGAGAGGCGGAAGAUUUUGCAGGCCUUCCCGGACAUGCACAACUCCAGCAUCAGCAAGAUCCUCGGCUCGCGGUGGAAGUCCAUGACGAACCAGGAGAAGCAGCCCUACUACGAGGAGCAGGCCCGGCUGAGCCGGCAGCACCUGGAGAAAUACCCCGACUACAAGUACAAGCCGCGGCCCAAGCGCACGUGCAUCGUGGAGGGCAAGCGGCUCCGCGUGGGCGAGUACAAGGCGCUCAUGAGGAACCGGCGGCAGGACGCCCGGCAGGGCUACGUGAUCGGGGUGUCGGACGGCGAGGGGUUCCGCUACAGCGAGGACGAGGACUCCGAGGGCGAGGACAAGAGCGACGGCGAGCUCGUGGUGCUGACGGACUGA